AUGGCUCAGACGUCAAACGUCCAGAGGCGAGACCCAAGCAAUGUUCAGGCAUGGCUUGUUGGAAGUGGGAUGGCCUGCCUGGCGGCUGCUGUUCAUCUAAUUCGCGAGGGCAAUGUUCCAGGUAAAAACAUCCACAUACUUGAUUUACAUCUGGGGUUCGGUGGCGAAAUGGGAACCUCUGGAGACGCGCAAAACGGAUAUUUCGUUCCCUUCGAGUGUCAUCCCUAUUUUCAUGGCGACUGUAUGAAGAAUCUGUUGUCUAUUAUACCUAGCCCUGACGAACCCGGCAAAUCCAUGAUGGACGACAUCUAUUUUUUUGAAAAGACUGAGCGGCAACCACCGCAGGACUUUGCGAUGACGCGGGCAAUAAAGCUGGGAAAGUCUGGACCCGAAGUCGUUCACACCAGGGGCAUCAAGGUGGGAUUAAAGCAUCGAUUGGAGUUGAUGAAGCUCAUCUUGGAGAGCGAGACGAGCUUAGGCGCGAAAAGCAUCAAUCAGAUCUUUGAGCAGUCCUUCUUUGAAACCGAGUUCUGGAUGCUAUGGUCGACAGCGUUUGCUUUCCAGCCUUGGCACAGUGCUGUCGAGUUCCGAAGGCAUCUUCGCAAAUACCUAGAGGAUAUCCAGUAUAUUAAUGACGUUAAGACAGCCUAUCGGACUAAGUACAACCUAUUCGACUCUGUCACCCUUCCUAUCACGGACUUUCUGAAAGGAGAGGGUGUUGAUUUCCGCUUUAAUAUUGAAGUUACUGAUCUACUGCUCUAUCCUGAGAGUGACCCUACCACAGUUUCUGAAAUUAAGCUGAUCAAAGGUGGAGAUGAAUGCCUGAUUACAUUGGACCCAGAAGACAUUUGCCUUGUCGACCCAGGUUACUCUCGUUCGGGGGCAGACUUUGGCAGUGAUAAUGCUUCUCCUCCGUAUCUUACCUCUAACUGGCAAGAUUUGAUGAUGAAGGAGUGGAAGUUGUGGCAGAAAUUAUCUGACAAGUCUCCUAAAUUUGGAAACCCAACCAACUUCUUGUCACGCGCUCUUGAAUCAGGCGUGGAAACAUUUACUACGACACUCUGGGGCCCACAGUUUAUGAAUCUGUACGAGAAGCUCACCCAUGAUCGGCCUGGAACGGGUGCCAUGCUCUCAUUGACAGACAGCAAGUGGUCAAUUACGCUGAGUAUCCCACAUCAGCCAAUAUUCCCAGCGCAACCCCAGAAUGUUCAUGUUAUAUGUGGAUACGCUCUGAGCCCUUCCAAUGAAGGGAAUUUUGUGGAGAAACCAAUGUUCGCAUGCUCUGGCAAGGAGAUCUUCACUGAGGUUCUUUCCCAUCUCGGGUUUCCCGUUCAAUCCGUCCUCGCAACUGCGACAACCAUUCCCUGUGGGUUGCCUCUGGGCACUGCACCGUUUUUGACCCGUGGGAAUAAAGAUCGCCCACACGUGAUCCCACCUUAUACGACCAACAUUGCGUGCGUCGGCCAGUUUGCAGAGCUUCCAGAAGAUACCACCCUGAGUGUGGAAUACAGCGUGCGAAGCGCUCAGACGGCCGUCUAUAGGUUGAUGGGCCUGCGAAAGGAGCCAGCCAAGGCUAAGAAAAAUAUUCUCUUGGAACUGUUGGAUUUAUUGAUAUAA